AUGAAAGGAAAAGCAGAGUCCUUUAUCCAAAUGCAGAUCUUCUCUGCUGAAGUCGUCCUCCUUGUUUUAACACUGUCUUUACCCGUGGAAGCCAAAAAGUGUCCCAGAGCCUGCAGCUGUGACAGCACCACACUCACAACAGCCUGUGUGGGCAAGAACCUAACAGAUGUCCCCCCGACUGUGGAGGAGAUUACUGUGAAACUCGACCUGAGAAAUAACAACUUGCAGGUGCUGUCCAGGGGGACAUUCAUGCACACACCCUACCUCACCCAUCUCAACCUGCAGCGCUGCAACAUCAUCGAGAUUAAAGAGGGCGCCUUUCGGACUCUUGGCCGAGUGGUCUCUCUAAACCUGGCUCACAACAAAAUUGAAAUCCUUUACCAAGCAUUUCUUACUUUUUCUAAAGGGAACCCCAUCUACUGUAACUGCUACAUGUCUCCACUGAGGCAGUGGGCGAGAGUUAGUGGUGUGAAGCUGCUGGGGGCCUGCUCUGGACCUCCUCACCUCUCAGAUGAGCCUCUGCAGGCGGUGUCUCCUCUGGAUCUGCGCUGCAGGAGGGGGGAGUCACCGGUGGAGGAGGAGGAGAGUACGGAAAGAGUCCCACCCACGGUCACAGCCACUGCCAAGCCAAAGCAGAAGGUCAAGUGUCCAGCUAACUGUGAAUGUGAUACUGAGACCCAGCAUGCCACAUGUGAGGGUCGGGGCCAUACUAGAAUCCCACGAGGCUUCCCCGCCCAGACGCAGUUGCUGGACCUCCACGAUAAUCACUUCCACUACCUUCCAGCCAACAGCUUCCCAGGCAGCAGCCAACUUGUUUCUCUUCACUUGCAGUCCUGCAAAAUCCAUGAAAUUGAAGGUGGUGCCCUCCAAGGGAUGAAAAACCUUUUGUAUUUGUAUCUUUCUGAUAAUGACCUCAUGUCCUUGGACCCCAAGGCCUUUGCUGGAGUGCCCAAGCUCACCUACAUCCACCUGGAGAGGAACAAGCUGGCGCAGUUCCCUGGAUCAGCUCUGUCACUCUUACCAAGUCUGGUUGUGUUACAUCUGGAGCAAAAUGCCAUCUCUAAACUUGAGACCAGUGGGUUGCUGUCCUCACUGGGCUCUAAACUUACUGAGUUAUAUCUGGGCAAUAACAACUUAACUUACAUUGCCAAGGGCGCUCUUGACUCUGACUCUCUAUGUACCCUUCACCUGGAUUCAAAUCAGCUGACUGAGGUGCCCACCCACGCUCUGCUUGAGACCUCUAAUCUGCAGGAGCUCAACCUCUCUGGGAACUCAGUUCGUUGGGUGGGACCAAAUGCUUUCCAGCCCUUAUCCAAAAGUCUGAAGAGACUUUACAUGGAUCAUAUGGGAAUGGAAAAGGUACGAGAGACCCUUUUAAGCUAA